ACGUCAGGAAGGCGAAACCCAGAAGAAGAAGAGGAAAAAAAAAAAAAAAUAGGCACGAGGGCGGAAGGAGAAAAACUUUAUUUUUUUCUCCUCUAGGCACUGAAGCGAGGGACAGGCGACUGCGCCAGCGCAAGCUUCCGAGAGAGCUCCAGGGGCCACCUCAGCCUGCCGAGGCGCACAGGAGCCGGGCCCGGGAGGCCCGACGGCGCGGCCGGUAUGUGGGACCCGCAGGAGUUUGAACGCCACUGGCAGGCCGAGUUCCCCGGGGAGGAGGCUCCAGUCAUGAGGCUGGAGUCGGUGUCGGACAUGGAGCACGAGCUCGAGCGUUGCAAACUCAACCUGAAGCGGCUGCAACAGGUGUUGGCUGAAGAGAAGUUCAAAGUCUGGUACCUGCAGGCGACCCUGGCUGGAGAGAAGAUGAACCUACCGGGCGGGCGGCCGGAGGGCGGAGACGCCGGAGGCGGCGGCGGCGGCUACAGCGGUAGCGGGGGAGCUUCCGUGGAGAAGCAGGAGCCAGCUGGGCCCUUGCGCGUGCCGCCACCGCGCGACGAGCAGGGUGCAGCGGGCCGCGACCCAGAUUCCUCCGUCCCCACGCGCCCGGGUCCGGAGGUGGCGACCCCGGCCGAGCCAUCCCCUUACUUGUGCCUGGACCUUCCUGCCUGGCCCGGGGCGAUGGAGGGAGGGGGCGCCGUGCGCAGCCUGACUGCCGCCAUCCACCAGCAGCUGGUGCAGCCUCGCCUGCUCUUCGGGCUGCGAGAGGACUGUGCGUCCCCCGGCCGCGAUGGCAUGGGGUCCUCCGCACCCGGAGAGGAGCGGUCCUCCGGGACCAGUGCGGGGCGGGGCUCGGAGGAGGGAGAACCGGACGCUUCAGGUGGCGAUGAUGGAGGCGACUGCAGUGACCACGACUUCGAGAUGGUGGAUUUGAAUGAGAAAUUCGUCCUCAGCCACCUACUUGUGGCCCCCUGCACCCGUGAGGAGGUUGAGAAGCCGGCGCGGCCGUGCAGCCCCCACCGGUGGAUGCACCUGAUCCCGGGAGGCUGGAGGCACCACCGGCGGAGUCGAGAGCUGGAGCAGCUGGAGGCGGAAGAUGAGCCCCCCAGGCGCGGGGCGCGGGAGCACCUCGCCCAAUGGGGGCGCAAGAGGUUCCUGCGCGUACCGGACCGAGACUCGCCCAGUCAUAGCUCGCCCGAGAGAGGCAGUGACUGCAGCCACAACAGCUCAGACCACGAAGAAGGCUUCUCCGCAGACUUCAGCUACGGUGCCGAGGACUACGACGCAGAGGGGCAUGAGGAGCAGAAGGGGCCCCCCGAGGGCUCGGAGACCAUGCCAUACAUCGACGAGUCACCCACCAUGUCACCCCAGCUCAGUGCUCGCAGCCAAGGCGGUGGGGACAGCAUCUCACCCACCCCACCUGAGGGGUUGGCACCUGGGAGAGAACAGUCAUCUGAAGUAUUUGAGGCCCUCAGUACCAAUCUUCACACCAUAAAUAGGCCACCUCCAUUCUGGAUCUGUCCUGGCAAGUGGACAUGGUCUCAGCCCAGACAUGGUCUUCUCAUUCCCCAGCAUACCUUGCUGUGAUAUUUUCAUCUCGGCUUUUGCCCCAGAGGUAACAGAUGAACCCCAAACCCUGCCCUGUAGGCUUUUCCCAAACCCAAACUGGGCAGGGUACCCUGGCACAGGGUUAAGGAUUACCAAUUGCUAGUGGUUCUAUAUAAUUGAGAGUGUGUAGUUUCCCUUGGAGAUAGGGUAAGGACACUCCCACUUAGCUGCAACUUCCUGUCCCAGAACCACAUUCUUAUAGAAAACCUCCUUCCUAUAGACCACAAUUCCUCUCUUUUUUCUGUAUGGUACAGUCAGAGGGACCUCAAGAUAGAGAAAAGGUCUGGUUUUUGUCUGUCUUCUACUGUUUUUUUAAUUUUUGUUUUGGGUUUUUUUUUUUUUGGUU